GCAGAGAGUGUUCUAUUUGUUUAGUAUAUAUACCGAUAAUUCUGGCAAGAAUGGCAAGAAUCAAACGUUCGCUUCAAGAGGAUUAACCCUCCAAGUAUUACCUUCAAGAAAAUUAUCUAAUACUAUUUAGAUCAAGAUGGCUCUCUCUAUUUCUGCCAUCGGAUGGAUUGUUUUCAGCGCUCUGGUUCUUAAUGUUGGCGGCAACAAAAGGGAUGCAUUUGAACCACGACAAAUGGGCGUCCCAACUCAACCUAAUAUGCCAGGAAUGGAUGUGCCUACACAACCUAAUAUGCCAGGAAUGGAUGUGCCUACGCAGCCUAAUAUGCCAGGAAUGGAUGUGCCUACGCAGCCUAACAUGCCAGGAAUGCCCGGCAUGGAAAACAUGCCAACACAACCUAACAUGCCAGGAAUGGACGUACCUACGCAACCUAACAUGCCAGGGAUGGAUGUACCUACGCAGCCUAACAUGCCAGGAAUGCCUGGAAUGGAUGUACCCACACAACCUAACAUGCCGGGAAUGCCAGGAAUGCCAACACCACCCAACAUGCCAGGAAUGCCAGGCUUGCCUUCAUCACGUAAUUCUAGAUCUUCUGGAAUUUUAUCUAUGAAACGUCGUUGAAGGUAUUUUAGGACAUUGAUUAUAUCCGGUUUAGAAGAUAUUAACAUUAGCACAAUCGAAUGUUUUUAUGAGUGCUCUAAAAUGUUAUAUUUAAUAUUUAUAGAAUUUCCGAUCUGAAAUAUAAAAUAGUACAAAUGUAACGAAACAAUUCAAUUUCGGAAAAAAAGUUGAAGUAUUCUUGUAUAGUUAUUUAUUUCUUUUCAGUAAGUCUUACAAUAUUCCUGUUGUAUGAAGUACUGAAUUUGUGGGAGAUUGUUUUGGAAUAAAAAUUAUCUGAUGUUUAAA